AUGCCUUUCUCUGGAACAGUUCUCUCCAUUGCUGCCGCGGUGUCCUUGAUCUUUGCCUUGUAUACUUUGUUGAGAGGGGCUCCCAAACGAGCAGUGCAGCAGAAGCCCUACAAUGCAGGAAUCGAUGCACAGGAGAAGCGCCAAUUACUCCAUGAUCCCAUUGGCAGUAUGUGUCCCGGAUCGGGACGUACCAUCGACUACUAUCAAUCCCUCUUUUUCAAACUGCACAACAUCGAAGAUCACCAAGGAAUACUACCCGAAGCCCGAGAGCUACUUCUUUCCUUGCUGUCGGAAGCAAUCGCAUCCAACCCCCCCGAGAAACACAGUGAUGUCCUUGCCAUCGAGGUCUACAACGAAGACCAAUUGCUCGCAUUCGUACAUGACAGUCACAGGGAGGUCGGUGAAGCGUACAAAAAGUACAUUGCGGGCCGGGAAGCGGGAGGCCCGCGGCUCCUCGCAGAAGAUCGCGAACAAGCGGUGGUGUUAUUGACCCAGUUGGCACCUCUCAAGCUGGUGGACGGUGCCUGGCUGGGACAUAUUCAUCACAUCACCACGCCAUUUGAACUUCGACCCAUCACGACGCAGCUCUGGGGUGCGCUUGCCAGCACCAUGAAGAGCCUUGGCGCAUGGAAGGCGGCAGUAGUUCAGCUUCUUGCUUCGCUAUUUCCCGACGAGUUCUUGCCUGAGAUUCUGGGGUACAACCUGCACUUUGAAGGGCUGAACCUAGAAACCAUGGUCCUGUCGAGAGAGAUUCAGGAACUCAAGCUAGAUGCGCAAUAUUUCCUACUCCAUGUUUCCAUUGAUAAUGCCCACUCUGGGCACGCCAUGAUGGCUGCACAUGCAGUCACGGAGUACCUCUCCCACAUUCGGAAGAAUGAGGGGUCUCACGCGGCCAACACAGCGUGGAAGCGCAUCCAGGCGGGCUAUAUGCUGUCCUCAAAUCAGUCAAGACACGUUCAGAGGGACAUAUCUUCGUUGUCGGCAGAAAAAGUCCACUGGAACAUGGCUUCAGAUGAGACUCUCAUCCCGGAAGUUGAUACUUACAAUAUUGCACAACUGCUAGCAGGUAAGGCUGCUGUGUCGAACAAGUUGCAUUCCGGAUGUCGUGCCCGAAUUGGUGGAAUGCCGUUGGCCGAAUGGCUAGAGUCAAGCCUCGGUCAACCCAAGAGCCAGAUGCGAGAUGCGCUCCGCGAGUUGAGCAAUGCUUCCCCAUGGAUUGUCAAGGGCGAUCCCGAACGAAGCAGGUUGAUCCGUGAGCUCAAAGUCGGGGGCAAGAUGUUUGGUGCGUUUACCGUGGGUGAGAUUGAGCAUCUGAAGAACUGGAUCAUCUCCCUGGGUCAGAACGAGCAAAGACACAAAGCGUAUUGGGACUUCACAGGUCGAAGCCAAGACGACCGUUUUGGUCCUACCUCCCUGGUCACCACACGUUCACCGUCGGCAUCAAUUCCAUUUUCUGCCGAUCUCACACUCGAUGAAUCCGUCUUCAAAGCGCCUUUGCAAUACCGUCCAAUCAAGUCUAGCGAUUGCAAAAUAAUUUUGCCUUUAUGGUUUGCGCACAUAUCGCUCCUAGAGUCAGUGGUCAGCAUUCCCACACGUGUUGCCUCGGAGCUCGGGGCAGCCAUAAUUCGGGCUUUGCGCGCUCAGUACAACUUCAGUCCGGAAUCGGAUGGUGUGACUGGGAUGGACGAAGUGAAUCGAGCUAGCAUGCCAGAUCUGGUUGAUAUUGGGAUUGAAAUCAUCCAUCGUCAAGGAUUUGCACCUUUGCCAAGAUCGAUCUCGGAUAUUCUGAGGGCGUGGCCUUCAACAUCUGCAGAGAUGCUCCUAAGCGCGUCGAAUGCACCUGUGAGGAACCUAGAUGUCCUGCUGGGGAUGUCAUUGGCCUUUCUGGGCCUCCAGUGGUCGGUCCUACGCUCUCCUGCACUCCUGUCCCAUCGCAGCCGGUCUGCUUUGAAGAACAUCGUUGACCGCGAAACCUCGUGUUUACAAGUGGCGUAUGAGCUUCUCCGACAGGACAGUCAAAGAAUGCAGGCUUUUACCAAAGGUUAUCAAUUAGCCCAAAGCAUACUUGGGGAGACCUUGGGAGCGGCCGAAUAG